AUGUGCCCACUUUAUCCUUGGAAAUCUUCAACUACAUAUCAUCCAGUUCCUUGUAAUACGCAUCCUCUUUGCAAGGGAGAUAAGUGCAAUGCCGAUGGCCAAUGCACUUAUGUAGCUGAAUAUAUGAGUGGGUCAAUUACAUAUGGUAUUAUUGCUAAAGAAAAAUUCACCCUAGGCUCCGACACUGAUGGUAUUGAAAGUAUUGAAUUACACAUGGGUUGUGGUUUUCUUCAGCAGAAUUUUGAAAAGUUUAUAUGUAAUAAUCAUUUACUUGGAAAACCAGAUCUUAUUGCAGUAAUACUCGGUUUGGGAUUAGGACCACGAUCGUUUCUAAAUCAAUUAGGUGUUAUUGGACAAGGUAAAAAGGUACAUACAACUCCCAUUGUUAUUCCCAAGUUUAAGACACCGCUAUAUUACUUAAACCUAGAAGAUAUUAGUGUAGGUAACAAAAGAAUGGGAUUUCCUAAAGGUACUUUUGAGCUAAAUAGUCAAGGAAAUGACGAUAUUAUCAUAGAUUUUGGUGCUCCAAUAUCUAUCAUGUACAAAGAUCAUUUUGAUAGAGUUGUCGAUCUGGUAAAGGCACAUUUUAAUGAUCUCGGAAUAGAAUAUAUUGGUUCCCAUGGACAUUUUGAUGUUUGUUUCCGUCUACGAGGAAGAUUUGAUAUUACUAAUUAUCCUUCCAUAACACUUCAUUGA